AAGACCGAUGAGUUUGUGUGCAAAAAAGCUCAAAAAGUCAUGGAAACUAUAAUUCAAAUGCAACAAACUGAACCUGAACUUGAUCAAGCAACUGCUUGGUAUGAAGCGACAGGUGGUGUCAAGAAAGGAGGUUAUGUGUUUGGGUUUGGAUCAGAUACCCAACACUACUUUCCCGAGGUGGCGAGACGGAAAAAGUCUAGAAAUGGAGAAUCAUCCUCACAUGUAGCUUGUGACGAAAAAUUUGAACAAUUAGAUCAAACUAACAAGGAGAUUCUAGAGAAUCAAAAGAAGAUUAUGGGGUUGUUACAAGGUAUAUAUAGUGCACAUCCUGAGUUGGUAGAAUCUGUUGCUCCUACAGCCGAUAGCAAUCAAAGUGGUGAUGUUGGGCUGGAUAACGUUGCUCCUAUGGCCGAUAGCAAUCAAAGUGGUGAUGUUGGGCAGGAUAAUCUUAGCAUGAUGAUGAUACACAAUCUCCAACAUAAUCUUGUGAUGCUAUUUAUUAAAUGUGACAAUAUUUAG